AUGAGUGGCAGCAACUCGAUGGAUAUCGACAGCGAGCCUGUCAACGGCAACGUCAACGGCAACGGCCGUCGCACCUCGACGCCAUUGCCCUCGACUCCGCCGCCCAACCCGUCGGCUCAGUCGAAUUUUUCCGUGCCCAUCCCCAACGGCACGGCCAGUCGUGACGAGGCUGCUCCCGUUCCGCCGCCUCACAAGUCCAACCCGUCCAGUCCGCUGUCGACGCCCCAGGACGAUGCCGAAUCCUACAAGGCCGCCGGCAACAGGUUUUUCAAGGACAAGAACUACUCCAAGGCCAUCGAGCAGUAUACCAAGGCCGUUGAUCUUUUCCCCGACUCGCCCACCUUCCUGAGCAAUCGCGCGGCGGCGUACAUGUCCGAUGGCCAGUACGAGGCCGCGCUCGAGGACUGCUCACGCUCCGCCGACGUCGACCCUCAGAACCCCAAGGUCCUGCUCCGGCUGGCGCGCAUCUACACCGGACUGGGGCGCCCCGAGGAGGCCAUGACCACCUUUGGACGCAUCAGCCCAGCUCCGUCCGCCAAGGAUGUGGCCCCGACAAAGGAGAUGCUGCACCACAUGAACUCGGCCAAGAACUGCCUGAACGAGGGGACCGCCGGCUCCAUGGUCCUCCACGCCCUCGACCUCGCCGAGCGCGGACUGGGGCCCGACGUCGGCAAGCCCCGCAAGUGGCAGCUCAUGCGCGGCCAGGCGUACAUCGCCAUGGGUCGCGAGAAUGCGCUCGGCGAGGCCCAGAACAUCGCCAUGUCGCUGCUGCGCAAGAAUAGCCAGGACCCCGAGGCCCUCGUUCUUCGGGGACGCGUCCUCUACGGCCAGGGCGACAACGAAAAGGCCAUGCAAUGCUUCCGCAUGGCCAUCAACUGCGACCCCGACUUCCGCGACGCCGUCAAGUGGCUGCGCAUCGUCCAGAAGCUCGAUCGCAUGAAGGAAGAAGGCAACGUCGAGUUCAAGGCCGGACGGCUGCAGCCCGCCAUCGAAAAGUACACGGCGGCGCUCGAGAUUGACCCGUCCAACCGGAGCAUGAAUGCGAAGCUGCUGCAGAACCGAGCGCAGUGCAAGAUCAAGCUCAAGCUGUACGACGAUGCCAUCGCCGAUGCCGAACGAGCCGUCAGCCUCGACCCAAGCUACACCAAGGCUCGCAAGACAAAGGCCAACGCACUGGGACAGAGCGGCAAGUGGGAGGAUGCCGUCAAGGAAUGGAAGUCCAUCCAGGAGCUCGACCCGGAGGACCGAACGAUCCCGAAGGAGGUGCGCAAGGCCGAGCUGGAGCUGAAGAAGAGCCUGCGGAAGGAUUACUACAAGAUCAUGGGGCUCGAGAAGGACUGCGGCCCGGACGACAUCAAAAAGGCAUAUCGCAGGAUGGCCGUCAAGCUGCAUCCCGACAAGAACCCCGGCGACCCGGACGCCGAGGCCAAGUUUAAGGAUAUGCAAGAAGCCUACGAGACCUUGAGCGAUCCUCAAAAGAAAGCGGCAUACGACAACGGCGACGACCUCAUGGAUCCGGCGGACAUGUUUGGUGGCGGCGGCAUGGGCGGCGGCAUGGGCGGCAUCGACCCGGAGAUUCUCUUUAGCAUGAUGGGCAACCAGGGCGGCUUCGGCGGCGGCGGCGGCGGCGGCUUCCGCACGGCUGGUAGCUUUCCUGGAGGAGCGGGCGGGUUUCCCGGGGGCGGUGGUUUCCCUGGCGGUGCCCAGUUCAACUUCAACACGGGCGGCGCCGACACGGAUAAGGCGUGCUCGGGCGAGUGCCCGGAGGCGGCGUGUGGCGAGGACGAGGAAAACGACGAGAGCAGGGAGGACGUCGCUGAUGCGGCCGCGUGGGAAAAUGAUGCGAGCGGCGAUUGGGCGAAAAGGUGGCGGGACGGCAACGACGAGCGGCGGCAGGGCCGACAGGACCGACAGGACCGACAAGACAGUCGUGCCGAGUUGGUCGAGACGACUCGGCGCUAUGGCAUGGGCUUGCUGGCGGCUGCCGUCCUGCUACCGCCGCUCCUCGCGCUGCUGAUGGUCCUUGCCCUGGGUCUCGUGCUCGCGUGUAAGACGUAUGUUUGGCCACUUCGGAGGCGAGGAGGCACCAAGACUGGAUAG